AUGAAGACUGCUGCGAUUCUCCUCGCUGCGGCUGCGUCUGUAUCAGCACACGCUACAUGGCAGGACCUGUGGGUCGGCACUACCGACAAGAUCACCGACUGCACCCGAGUGGUCAAAGACAACACUCCCAUCGCAGGCAUUACAAACGCUGAUAUGUUCUGCGGACGCAGCCCGGCCGCUGCUGCGAGCGUGUGUGAAGUACAGGCCGGUAGCAGCCUCUCCGUCGAGAUGCACCAGCAGCCAGGGGCACGCUCGUGCAAAGACCCCGCUAUUGGUGGGCAGCAUUACGGCCCAGUCAUGGUCUACAUGGCCAAGGUUGCUGAUGCGAAGACUGCUUCAUCCGCUUCUUGGUUCAAGGUUGCGGAGGACGGUUACACCGGUACUACAGCGUCGUGGGGCACUGAGAUCUUGAAUGCCAACUGCGGCAAGAAGUCCUUCGUAGUUCCAAAGUCUCUCGCCUCUGGGAACUACCUCGUCCGAGCUGAGGCCAUUGCCCUUCAUGCCGGAGCUGGAAACCCUCAGCCAUACGUAUCGUGCUUCCAGAUCAAUGUUGUUGGUGGUGGAAGUGCCAAUCCAAGCGGUGUCUCGUUCCCGGGUGCCUAUAAGUCUAGCGAUGCGAUCUUUUCUAAGAACAUCUGGGACACUAGCUUCAAGUACGUCAGCCCCGGCCCAGCUGUCUGGUCCGGCUGAGUGGAGUAACAACUACGGGCAUGUCUCCCUAAUCCUAGUACUUCUUUACCAC